AUGUCUUUCUCAGGUCGCGAAAUCCCAAUCCUCAAGAAGUCGGGCACCUUCGGCAGCAGGAGGUUUUCCUCCACCAAAGACCCCACGGAGAAUGAACUCACUUCCAAGAUCCAUCGUCAGUUCCGUGAACACGAGGGCCACAAGCCCCACGCCGGUCUCGAUCCAACCCGUGCCUCUACUGGUGUCGUAUGGACAUCGGAGCGCGCUUACGAGCACGGCUACCUCGAAGACCCCGAAUCAUGGGCCAACUUGGGCCAGGGAGCCCCUGAGGUCGACGACGAGAUCAAGGGCUGCUUCGAGAGGCCCAAGGAGGUCGACAUCUCGAGUCACGGCCGAGAGUAUGGUCCUACAGCUGGUAUCAAGCCGCUGAGAGAGGCCGUUGCUAGGCUGUACAAUGAGCACCACCGAAAGUGGAGGAAGAGCCAGUAUACCUGGGAAAACGUCUGUAUCGUUCCCGGUGGUCGCGCGGGUUUGAUCCGUAUCGCCGCCGUGCUCGGAAACUGCUACCUUGGUUUCUUCAUCCCCGACUAUACUGCGUACAACGAGAUGUUGUCACUUUUCCGUAACAUCGCAGCUAUCCCAAUUCCCCUAGGCGAAGACGACAAGUACCACAUGUCGCCGGACAAGGUGGCCGAGGAAAUCGCUCGAGGUACCUCCGUGAUCCUCACGUCGAACCCCCGUAACCCAACCGGCCAGAUGAUCACGAACCCCGAGCUCGCGCAGAUCCAGAACAUUUGCCGUGAUCGCGCGACGCUGAUCAUGGAUGAGUUCUACUGCGGAUACAACUACACAACCGACUGCGACGGCACGGUCAUCUCGUCAGCCGACAACGUCGAAGACGUCGAUGACGACGACGUCCUCAUCAUCGAUGGUCUCACAAAGCGCUUCCGCCUCCCCGGAUGGCGUGUCGCCUGGGUUAUCGGCCCCAAAGAAUUCAUCAAAGCCAUUGGAUCCUGCGGUUCCUACCUCGACGGUGGCUGCAACGUCCCCUUCCAAGAGGCCGCCGUAGCCAUGCUGGACCCGCCUCGUGUGCGCAACGAGAUGCGCGCGCUGCAAAUGCACUUCCGCACCAAGCGCGACUUCGUCAUCGGCCGUCUCCAGGAAAUCGGGUUCAAGUUCCAGUUCAUGCCCAACUCGACCUUCUACCUCUGGCUCGAUCUCUCCGGGUUGCCCGAAUCCAUCAACGAUGGUCUCAACUUCUUCGCUGCUUGUCUCGAGGAAAAGGUCAUUGUUGUUCCCGGUAUCUUCUUUGACUUGAACCCCUCCAAGCGUAGGGACUUGUUUGAUUCACCUUGCCAUCACUUUGUCCGUGUUAGCUACGGUCCCAGGAUGGAUGUCUUGGCCAAGGGUAUGGAUGCCAUCGAGAGGAUUGUUAAGAAGCACCGGGAGAACCCGCGUCCGAUCCACAAUGUCCGACCCAGGGGUAGUGCUAUUGCGUAG